AUGUGUGUUUACAUCGAGACGAUAAGGCGACGACACGUCAGCAACGGUAACUUCCCCUGCAACGGCUUUUCUCAAAAGAAAACAUUCUUUCAACGAAAGAGCUCGAAGAACGCAUCAAUGGCGUCGAAGCUUCUAACUACCUUCUUCCUCCUAUUUUUCGUUCUCGAUCUCGUCGCACCUUCUGUGGCAUCUUUUUCAUCCGCCGUGGAAGUCCUCUCCGAUUCCGGCUACUUCUCCAUGGGACUCACUCUAAAGCUCGCGAACCAAGAUCUUAACCUCGAAGAUUGGCAAGAACUCACCAUAUUCGCACCUUCUGAUCAAGCUUGCUCCAGAUUCGGUGGUCAACCUUCGCUUUUGGAUAUCAAGUUCCAGCUCUCUCCGACGAGAUUCCCCGGUGAAUCCCUAAGAAACCUCCCGAACGGCGCCAAAAUCCCUACUCUCGGAUCCAAUUCAUCUCUCUUCGUCACCAAUUCUUCACGAUUCGGUGGUGGUAAAUUUUCGAUCAACGACGUCGUGGUCCAAGAUUCCCCUGUUUUUGACGACGGCUACAUCGUGAUUUACGGAUCCGACGAUUUUUUCACAUCAUCGACGAAGAUCUCCGACGAUUCAUCAUCGUCUUCUUCAAUCCCAAACCCUACUUCAUCUACUGGUUCGAUCCCAAUCCCAAGUUCAGCGACUCGUACUGCUCCGAGUCCUAAAUUCGCUUCGGAUUCCACUCGAAAUCUCCCAAAUGGAUCUAAACCAGAGGUGAAUUGCUUCAACAUCUUUGAAUCUGCUUCAAGAUUGUUAAUGUCGAGAGGCUUCGUGAUCAUGGCCACGUUUCUCGCUCUGCAAUUAGAAACUUCAGGGAACGACACGAAGAUCACAGUCUUUGCUCCAAUGGACGAAGCGAUUCCAAAUCCAACCACCAAAUUCUCCGAUUACGCUACUAUAUUCAGAGGGCAUGUGAUCAAUAGACUUGUCUCUUGGAAAGAUCUUCAGAAACUGGCUUGGGAAGGAUCGAUUCUGCAAACUGUUCUCAAAGGGUACGAAAUUGAGGUUUCUUGGUCUGGUGAUAUACUUCUUCUCAAUGAAGUCCCACUCAUCUAUCCAGAUAUGUUUAUCAACGAUUGGAUUGCUGUUCAUGGCUUUAAUCAGAUGAUUGAACCGAAAGAGAAACAGGCUGGUUUGGGAGAGUCUAUCUCAGUGCCUAACGAUGGAGAAGAAGUAGUAGAAGGUGUUCAUGGAGACUACUCUUCUGAGUUAGGUGACUAUGGUCUUCACUGAUUUUUCUAAAAGACAAUUUGAUUCAACAGUAAUGUCGAGAGAAAUACUCAUAUUAGUUCAUAGGCAUUCUCUGAUUCUCUUAUGCCAUCAUAGUGAGAAACUUUUUAGUUUGAAAAUGAAUAUAAAGUUCUGAUUUUAGACUCU